CUGACGCCAACUUUGACAGUUGUAUUGGUGCCGCAAAUUCCUCGUCGUCGUAUUCAAUUAAUAAAUAUUUGUAAAAAUCUAUUAUAAUUUGUAGCAACUAAGAUAAAAUAUAUCGUAAAGAAAAUGGUAGCACGGGUAGCAGGAGUGUUCGAUGAGAAAUUGACGGAGGCUAUAGCAAAUUCUAAGAUUCUAGUUGUUGGUGCCGGCGGAAUAGGUUGUGAAAUACUGAAAAACCUUGUUCUGACCGGCUUCCCGCAGAUUGAAAUUAUCGACCUUGAUACAAUCGACGUAAGCAACUUGAAUCGUCAAUUUUUGUUUCACAAGGAACAUGUUGGGAAGUCGAAAGCUCAAGUGGCUAAGGACAGUGCACUUAGCUUUAAUCCAAACGUUAAUAUCAUUGCGCAUCAUGAUAGUGUGAUCAGCAAUGAUUAUGGAGUAAGUUAUUUCAAGCAAUUCAAUAUUGUCAUGAAUGCAUUGGAUAAUCGGGUUGCCCGAAACCAUGUAAAUAGAAUGUGUUUAGCUGCUAAUGUGCCACUAAUUGAAACUGGAACUGCAGGCUAUGCUGGACAGGUGGAGCUUAUCAAAAAAGGUCUAACACAAUGUUAUGAAUGUCAACCAAAAGCACCACAAAAGUCUUUCCCUGGCUGUACCAUCAGAAAUACUCCAUCUGAACCUAUACAUUGUAUCGUUUGGGCUAAGCAUCUCUUCAACCAACUCUUUGGCGAAGAAGACCCAGACCAAGAUGUAAGUCCAGACACUGCAGAUCCUGAAGCAGCUGGAGAUGCAGGUGCAUCUGCAUUGUCAUCUGAGGGAACAGCAGCGGGCAAUAUUGAAAGGAAAAGUACAAGGGCUUGGGCUUCAGACACAAAUUAUGAUCCGGAAAAGUUGUUCUCAAAGCUCUUUGGGGAUGAUAUUCGUUAUUUGUUGUCUAUGGAGAAUUUGUGGAAGAAACGUCGCCCGCCCACUCCUUUAACAUGGGAUAAUCUGCCAGGAAAAGAUAAUGCACCUGCCCAACAUUCAGGAUUACCUGAUCAGAGAGUGUGGACAGUACAUGAAUGUGCACAGGUAUUUGCUGCCAGCUGCAAAGCAUUACAAACAGACUUGAAGAGUCGGCCUGAUGGUGAUCAUCUUGUUUGGGACAAAGAUGAAAAGAGUGCCAUGGACUUUGUGACGGCCUGCGCGAACAUUCGUGCCCACAUCUUCAACAUACAAUUGAAGUCCCGCUUUGAAAUAAAAUCAAUGGCGGGGAACAUCAUUCCAGCAAUAGCAACGGCUAACGCGAUUGUAGCCGGGCUGGCGGUAAUACGUGCUCAAGCCUUGCUCAAGGGAGAAAUCGAAACAUGCACAAGUGUUUAUUUAAGACCCAAAGUUAAUCAUCGUGGACAAUUGUUUGUACCGGAAAAAACAUUAACUGCACCAAACCCUAAAUGUUAUGUAUGCGCACCGAAACCAGAAGUCGGUCUUGCUUGCAAUAUUAAACAACUCACUCUUAAAGAUCUGAACACUGCCUUUAAAGAAGGUCUCAACAUGCAAGCUCCAGAUGCAACAGUUGAAGGCAAAGGUCUCGUAGUGCUAUCUUCAGAACCGGGCGAAACAGACCACAACAAUGAAAAAACUCUUGAAGAGAUUGGACUCAAUGAUGGUUGUGCUCUGUUAGUUGAUGACUUCUUACAAAACUACGAAGUUCGUGUCAGACUACAGCAAGAAGAUGAUGAGAAGUCAUGGCGCCUCGUAACAGAUACCGAUACACCAAUGCCAGCCCCGAAGGAAGACAAAACAGCUAAUGGCUCUAACGGUGCAAAGGAACCAAAGCCUGGUCCAUCUCGUUCUAAAGAAGAUAGUGAUAGUGACAUGGAAAUAAUUGAUGAAGAUGAUGAUGGUGAACCAGCCCCGAAACCACCAAAGCGCAGACGUACUGAAAUAAGUGAUGAAGUCGUUGAACUCUGCUAGUUAAAUAUCACCAUUGUGUGUAAAUUCUAAUUUUUACAUGCAAAUGAUAUUAACUAGUAUUUAUAUUGAACUCUUUAAAGUGUAAGUACAGUAAAAAUAUAUUUGUAGUGAUUAUAUCUUUGUAAAAGUAUUGUCUAAGAUUAUACAUUUACUAUGGUUAUACCUUUCUACGAAGUAUCAAUAUCUUGUAUUUUUAUGAUAUUCAAUUUUAUUCAUUAAUUCAAACUAUAAUUGUUAUUAAUAAUAUAACAUGCAAACACAUGGUUUGCCUUGAGUAUUGAAGCGAGUAAAUUUUCUACCUUUGUGUAUAGUUACUAAGAUUGUGUCAAUAAUAUUAAAAAUAUUGUAUUAAUUAUUGUUCCAAAUAAGCUAGCACAAGUGGUUCGAAAUCAAUUAACAAUAGAAUGAUUCUCAAAUACAAUAUUACUUUAAAGUUCAAUUAAGAAAAUAUUUGUAAUCUAUUGAAUGAACAACUCAUAAUUUAUAAGCAUUUCUAA